AUGUCAUUACAGAAACUUACUGCCGAGCUCUACCAGCUGUAUGACCAAGAGGAGUACGAAAAGUGUCAAAAGAUCUUAACUCCCAUCAAAUUGGAAUUGAUAAAACACAACUUGCUUCUUCCAACUGUCGCUAACAGUGACUCCAAAGACAAGAUCAAUGACCUCAAGAUUGCCGAAAGGAUCCUUGAAAUCGGCGCGUUGUCGUCGUUGUUGAGCAACAACUACCGCGGCUUUGAAAACUAUGUGGCUCAACUCCGUCCGUUUUACUCCAAUAAGCAAAUCCACGCUAAGCCAGAAAAAAACACCGACCAAACCAAAAUCAUAUCGCUCUACUUGUUGUACUUGUUGUCGCAGGGACUAGUAUCCAAGUUCCACGUGGAGUUGGAGCUCAUCUAUAACUCGAAACAGUACAAUGUCGAACAGGAUCAAUACUUGCUGUUCCCGGUCAACUUGGAGAAACACUUGAUGGAAGGCAAUUAUAUCAAGAUUUGGAAAGUGCUCAAGAAUGACACUAAUUUACCAUGCAAGGAGUACGGCCAUUUUCUUGAUACCCUUGUGAAUGCUUUGCGCUUCGAGAUCGCCAAGUCAUUGGAACAAACCUAUGAAACCAUUCCUAUCUCCAACUGUAAAGGUCUUUUAUACUUCCCUCAGGAGCAGUCUGACGCCACAUUUGAGUCAAUAAUAAAAGAUGACCUCAAGAUGACAGGAUGGACAUUCAAAGAUGGUUCCAUCACUUUCAAAAACGACGACGACUCCCAUAAAGGUAACGUCAAUCCAAACUCAAUCAACCUUAUCAGCAACGUGUUGUCUUACGCAGAAAGAAUAGAGUCUAUUGUAUAG